AUGACGGAGGGGUUCUUCCUUUAUGCUUAUGGUCACAAAAUGCUGAAUUGCACCUUCAUCCUGGACCCAGAAAAUUUUACCCUGGUGGCCCCAUAUGAGGCCUGUACCAGGAUAGUGCUUAACCAGUACGAGAUAGUCAUCAUACUUAAGAAUGUUGCUUCUAAACAAAAUGGUCUCACGUACCGGCUCAACUGUCCAGUCAUGCAAGCAGAUGAAACCAGUGAGCAUCUUGGAUCUACAAUCUGCACAAAGGAUUCCAUGUCUUUUACCUUUCGAGCUUUUCCUGGCAUGGCUGAUGAGGAUUCGGAACCUGGAUAUCAGAUGGAAUGGGUCAUUGUGACUGGUGAUGGCACAGGAGCCCAAACCUUGACCCUUCAAGAGGCCAUGAUGCAAGGGUAUAACAUCCUGAUUGAUUCUGAUAAUAUGAUCAUCCAAGUGUCACACAAUGCUACUGGAGUGACCCACUACACGCAAGACAACAGUCACGUCUACACGGUACCUCUGAAGCUUAAGCAUUUAUCUCAUGGACAGACAACCACCUAUUCAUCACAGGUGACUUGUGUGUCAGGUUCUGUGUCCUGUAAUGAUACACACAUGACUCUUACCAUACCUGAAUUUCCUGGGAAGCUAAAAUCCGUGACCAUUGAAAACAAAGACAUAGCUGUGAGCCAGUUUCACAACAGUGGGAUUGAUGUAGAAGCAGCUAAUGGCUUGAAAUUGCAUAUCAGCAAAACUCUUCUCAGAAACCAGUUCUCUGAAAAAUGCCUAUCCUACCAACUCUACUUAUCAUCACUCAAGUUGACCUUUUCAUUUCAAAUGGAGACAAUAUCCAUGGUGAUUUAUCCUGAGUGUCUCUGUGACUUGCCAAUUUCUAUAGGUACAGGUGAGCUGUGUACCCAGGAUGGGUUUAUGCAUGUGGAUAUCUAUAACUACCAAACAAAACCAGCUCUCAACUUGAAUACCCUCAGAGUGGGGGACUCAUCCUGCCAGCCUGCCUUUGAGACUCCAGCUCAGGGGCUGGUAAGGUUUCACAUACCCCUUGAUGGAUGUGGAACAAAAUAUAAGUUUCUGGAUGACAAAAUUUUCUAUGAAAAUGAAAUACAUGCUCUCUGGACAAAUCUCCCUCCAAGCAGAAUUUCCAGAGACAGUGAAUUCAGAAUGACAGUAAAAUGUUAUUACAGCAGAGAUGAUAUGAUGAUCAAGACUAAUGUUGAAAAUCUUCCUCCUCCGGUGACCUUAGUGAAGCCAGGUCCACUUACCAUGAGCCUGCAAACCUACCUAGAUGACUCCUACCUGCAGCCUUACAGAGACAGUGAAUACCCUGUGGUGAGAUACCUCCGAGAGCCAAUUCAUCUGGAAGUGAGAAUCCUAAACAGAACUGACCCCAACAUCAAGCUGGUCUUAGAUGACUGUUGGGCAACAAUCACUGUGAGCCCUGAUGCUCUGCCCCGGUGGAAUGUUGUUGUGGAUGGCUGUGAAUAUAACCUGGACAACCUCAGAACCACCUUCCAUCCAGUUGGCGCCUCUGUGACCUACCCUUCCCACUAUCAGAGGUUUGAUGUGAAGACCUUCGCCUUUGUGUCACAGCCCCAAGUUCUCUCCCAUCUGGUCUACUUCCACUGCAGUGCCCUGAUCUGUGAUCAGCUCUCUCCUGACUCCCCUCUGUGCUCUGUGACUUGUCCUAUGACAUCCAGGAGGAGGCGAGGAACUACUGGAGAGGAUAAAGUGGUAGUAAGUCUCCCAGGACCCAUCCUCCUACUGGCAGAUGAUUCUUCUUCAUUGAGAGACCCUAUGGACUUCAAAGGGCACGGGAUUGCUGGGUAUGUUGCCUUUCACACGAUAUCUGCUGUGCUUGUCUUAGCGGGCAUCGUGGCAACCCUAGGAGCUGUCAGUUACCUGCACAAGAAAAGGACCUUGAUAUUAAAUCCCUAAUUGGAUUUACAAAUAAAAGUGGUUGAGUUCAAA